AUGCCGAAUUCUUCUCGGGACAUUAUUGUAACGUUUACGCCUACUUCCGACACUGAAUUCGUCUCAACAGCGCAAUGUAGCGUAGUGGGAAAGAGUGAAGGUCUUAGCUUGGAACUAAGAGGUCGCGGUGCUGGGCCGGAAAUCGCGUUCUCUUUCAGGUCGCUAAAUGUUGGGAAGAUAUUUUCUACAAUAGCUCAUGAUUACGAGCUAGUCCUGCAGAAUAUGAGCGAGAUCACGGCAGCAUUCUCCGUUCAUUCGCAGUCAGAUGGUUUUACUACCACUCCUUCGAUGGGAACGAUCAUGCCAAAUGCCUAUCAGGCGAUUGUGCUUACUCUUUUGUCAUGGCGUUUGGGUCCAUUUGUGGAAAACAUCAGUUUCACAUUUGAGGGGAGCUCAAGGGUAGAAACAUAUUUUAUAUUUAUUUCUAGUGGAGAGACUAUUGCACCCAAGUUGUCGAUAGAUCCACCGCUUCUAGAUUUCGGUACGAUUGCAUUUGAUUUUGCUGCGACGAACUCGGCUACUAUCCAGAAUUUAUCAUCCUUUCCGGUUUCUGUCUUCUUCACGGUCAACAAAAGCAACUCAAUUUUGUGUACACCGUCCAAAGCAUACCUCGGACCGACGGAUUCGAUUACUUUAAAUGUUACAUAUUUGGCCUCGGAAAUAGGCUGUGUUAAGUGCUCAAUUCACGGGAUUAUACAGCCAAAUACGGUGACAAAUCUUCAGCUCCAGGCUCAAGUUAAGGUCACGGGGACCGUGUUCACUUUAGUGCACAUUUUGGUAGCUGGGGCCGACUACAAUCCGUUGAUCGCUGAGGUGAAAUUUCAUUGUGAAGGUCCGAUUAUAGUCCUUAGCUCGCACGAAUUGGACUUUGGGAAAAUUCCUGCCCUCGUGCCAUUUCAACGUCUCAUUCAGCUUCGCAAUGAAUCUCCCAUUGAAGCCAACUUGUCGGCGGUUCAAAUUAAGAAGACGAGUGCUUUUUCAAUAUGUCCAAAGGAAUUGACCAUUCCACCAUUUGGUUCAGCCGAAAUUGAGGCGACAGCCUGCGCCAACGAUGUUGAUGUUGAAUUUAACAGCAUUGUGGAAGUUCAUGUAGCUGAAUCACAGAAUCCCCCACCCACCAUUUACCUAAGAGCCUUUGGUCAAGGAAGCACGAUCACAUUUGAUCCCGAGGUUCCCCUUUGUCUCACAUUUGGCCAGCAGUUCGACACUUUUCCACACACGCGAGCUUUUCUGGUGAAAAAUUGUGGCCGACGUCAACAGCGUCUUGUCUGGACGGUUGAGAGUGUUCAGAGCACACAAACGACGCAACAAAACGAGCCAACCACUGAAGCUGCUUACAAUAUUGUGUUGGAGCCACAAAAAUUUGAACUGCAACCACUUGAAAGCGUUGAUUUUUCUUUGAAAGUCUUUUCGUCACGACCCCAGAAAAUCACGUUCAACCUUAAAUGUUUCACAGUGAUAGAUAACCAUGGACACAAACGAUUAAUCAAGGAAUGCGCUGUUUCAGCCGAAUUUAUUCAACCAAUGGUGGAGAUUAUUCCGAAUCCUGUAGGCUUUCGGAUUCUGAAAGUCCCCGACGAAAUUCUUAGAGAAGUCUCCCAAGAUAUUUUGAUUAAAAACACUUCCGAAAUACCAACGACUUUUCUCCUAACCAUUGACCCUCCAUUCUUUUUCCGUCCACACGGAAGCACCACUCAACAGUUGGAACUUGUGCUUCGCGGUAAGGAAGAAAGGAAUUUUGUUCUUGUGUUUGAUCCAGCCUUCGCUGAACAUGACCGGAAAAAUGUUAUUUUGAAAAAACGAUUGAACCUCUCCACCUUAGAUCAUCCCUUUAAGUUUGGGAUUCCAGUUCAUGGUGAUAUUGCAUUUCCUGGUCUACAUUUGGAAACUGACACUGUGGAUUUCGGAUGCAUUCUGAAUGAAAGUAAAUCAGUCAAGUCCAUGGUGCUUCACAAUAACAGCCCCAUCGAAGUAAAUUAUCGGUGGAAGGUUACGAGGGGUAGAAUUUCGUCGAACGAGUGUGUAAAGUUUAGAGGGGUGACACGCUCGAAAUCCCAGGAGAAAUUCCUAAUUCCCAAAGCACCAAUUCGUCGCGUUGCGUCAAUCGCAAAUAUAGACACAUUAGACAUAACUGAUGUCUUCAGCAUCGAUCCUGAAUUCGGUUCCAUUCAAUCUGGAGGCCAUAUUUCUGUCACAUUUGAGUUCAAUGGAAAUGCGAAUAUAUCUGCUGAAUGCACUGCUAUUUGCUGCGUCAAUGGUGGGAUGGAUUACGAUGUAUUGUUACGAGGUGAAAGCUCGACCUCAGAUUGCUACAUUCGAGUAAAUGAAGUUCCGUUUGGAGAUAUAUUAUUUCUUAAACAAGAAAAACGAAUUCUGCGAAUUUACAACGCAGGAAAAGUUCCGAGUUUCUUCGCUGUAACUCACGAAAGGAAUGAUGCCGGUCUGACUUUCGAGCCGUCUACCGGAGAAGUACCACCACAAGGCGUGGCUGAAGUUCAGGUUCACAGAAAUAUAGAUUUACCGAUACGACUUUUGGCCAAUGUGGUUGCUCCAGAAGUGAAAAUUAGUGACGACAACCUUGACUUUGGUGAAGUUUUUCUCAAUGAAGCGAGGAUAAUAUCCGUGCAAUUGCACAAUCCAACGGCUUUACCUAUUACCUGGAUCCACCCGACAACCACAACCACAUCUCUUGAGUGUCUACCCAAAUGUGGCACAUUGAGACCCGAUCAGAAAGAGAAUAUAUUUGUAAGUUUGAUUAAAUUCAAUCCCAAAAAAGCAGGACUGAUUAAAGAGGAAGUACUAAUCAGUUUACCUGAUUCCAGUACUUCUUUCCCAAUCAAAUGUCAAGGUUGUGGCCUUGAGCCCCAAUUGUUGUUUGAACCAAGUUGUGCGGAUUUUCCACCUUUGCUUCCUAAUGGUGAUGAAUCUAAGAUGACUCUCAUCGUCAAGAACCCGUGCCCAUUUCCAGUGGAGUUUUACAGCCUUCAGUACGACCAAGUUCACAUGAGGGAGGAUUGUGCUCUUAGCUGUUUACAGGAGUUUGGUGAGACUGACGAGCUGCUUUUGCCAACAAGAGGACCAGGAGAGAGUUUGCCUAGAGCGAUUUUUGAGCACUCCGAGUUGUUAACUCAGUCCGUCCUCGGUAAUCCAAAGACGGGUCGUGUAAGGAGUUCGAAGCAGUCUCCCAGUUCGUCAAGAAAAAAACCACAACCUUCAACUCCACCUGACUGUAUAAAGACCUUCAAGAGAUUUGUGGAGGAGAGGCGCAUUAAAGUAGAAGAGGGAGGGAUCGUUGUUCUCGUCUUUGGUUCACCGAUUUCUGGGAAAACUGACUUUUCCAAGGCACUUGCUGCGCAUUACAAUGCGGCUUACAUAAACGUAGAAGAAGUUCUUCGAGAUGUCGAUCCUUCUAUUGCAUUGGCCUCUGAAGACGCCGCGCCUGACGAAUCCUUUCUGACGACUCGUUUUAUGCAAGACGACUGCAUUUUUGGUAUCAUUUUGGAUGACAUAAAAUCUCGCGACAGAUGUGAAAGUGUGUUGAAGGUAACUGGCAAACUCCGAAAAAACGUGUUUGUCGUGACACUAAUCCGCGAACUGGACUCCGUAAAACUAGCAGAUUCGCGUUAUGAGGAGGCUUUGAUUAUGGCAGAGAAGCGCGCGUUUAUGAGAAAAGUGGAGAAGUACAGGAGCAUGGAGGAGUGGGAAUAUGAUGCCUUACCUAGAAAUGCGCGCGAGGAAGUUGAUCGUGUGCUGGCUGAGUCGAAACGCAGACAACACGAGGAGGAGUUGGAAAAUAAAAGACUGAUCGAGGCGCGUGAAACCCUUCAGUCUGGAAGAACUUCGGAAGCAGACAUCGCAAACAACGAAAAAUACGCUGAUCUUGAAGCCAGUUUCAGGAAAUUCGACAAGGAGCAUGUUCGAAUUUGCGACCUCCUCCGUACCUGGGACCAAGGGAACCAAAGACAAAGGGCAGAUAUUCCUCCACUGUCUCCAAUACGUGUAGACGAUGAGAAUGACGAUUCGACUAAGAGAUAUGAGACUCCAGCAGUUGGGAUUCCGCACUUUAUAGUUCAAUCCAAAUUACCUAAUGAGUCCAGCCUUACAGUAUUGGACCACUUCUAUGAGCAACCGGAAGAUGUAGUGCGGGAAAAGCCAAGCACCUCUGUCCUUGUAGGCAGAAUACUUCCGAGAUUGCCAAGUUGUGAAGAAGUACGACGUCAACUGGGGUAUGGACCCCUUUCUGUUGAAAUUCCAGAACCGGCGACUUUCUCUGUCGUGUACAAACCGCCCACUACCAGAAGCCUUCUUCAUCAGGAGUCGUGCUUCAUGAUUGUCGUCCCUCAGGAGGCAAGUGCAACACUCCAUUCUGCAUUAAUGGAGGUAUCUGGAAUAUUCGAGUUUGGGCCCCUCCUUGCCGGAAAAUCGCGUGAGCGGAAGGAAGAACAACAAAUUUCUCUACUCAAUCCAACGCCAAUGCUGGUCGCUUGGACAUGCGAGAAAGCAGAGCUGCUGGAAGACGCCAUUUUUUCUGUCACCCCAACUGUUGGUGUCCUUGAACCUAAUAACGUAGAAACAGCUGUAAGAGUGGAGUUUAGAGCUCCAUCGAAGCCUGGAAAGUUCUUUAUAAAGAAAGCUUUGCGUUUUAUCGCCACGGAUAUACGAAAUUUGGUGGAACCCGUGACAGUUCACCCGUACAUCGGAAUUCAAGCCGAGGCCGUUGAUCCAGAAAUUGAUUUGGUGUUGCCCAAAGAAGGAAUAAAUUUUGGGCUACUGAGGAUUGACGAGGAGGCGAAGCGAUCCAUAGUGCUUAGGAAUAAUGGCCCAUUGAAGAUACGAUAUAGCUUCAAGAUCUUUCCGUCAAAGGAAAUUGCCUUUGGUGCAGUUGCAGUUAACACUAGAACGUCAGGUCAGGUAACAAUUGAAAAUGGCGGUGCUUUUGAUCUGCGUUUUGCCAUUUUCUCGGCGGUUCGAAUGCAGGAAAUGGUGUCUGCGAAAGCGGCGAGAAGUUCCCUCAGACAGCGUUCAAGCGGACCCGGGCCCUCAGACGUGACUGGCGCAAGUCGUGUAACUUUGAGUCCGUUUACGAUUUCUCCAGCCAGUGGGACCAUUCCGGUCGGAGGUAAACAGACCAUUUCCGUUGAAUGCUCCGUUGGCGCCAUUGCAAAAGUAUACGAAGAGAUUGUUGGUGGAGCAUUUAUUAUAGAGGAAAAUAGUUUCCUUUUCGAAAAUGCCUUAAUAGGCACCUCCACCUUCGCGACAUUCAAAAUUUCAAACACAUCUAAAGUUGCCGUGGACGCGAAUUUUUUUCUGAGAUCGACUGAAGCAGAGCGUUUAGAUAAACGGCACGCCGUCGCAUCCAGAAUGAAGCAAGCCGACGUGGGCAUUGUGGAGGCCUUUGAAGUGAUUCCCACUGCAUCUCUAAUUGAGCCUUAUCGUUCUGUUUGGGUUCAGUGCCAAUUUACUCCGAAAUCUCUGCUGACCUACUCCGCGAAUUUCGAGGUCGAAUUUGAGGGUCAAGGUGCCGCACCGCCCCUGCGGUUUAAACUGUGCGGCAAAGGCGAAAUUCCACGUGUUGCGAUAACCGCGCCAGUUUCAAUUAACCACCGUGGAAAUCCCUAUUUAGUCUUUUCCUCCCAAGUGAACUCGCGCACUAUGGAAGUCCGUAACACGGGACAAAUUGCAUGUCGGGUAGUUGCCGAAGGCAAUAAAUAUGAGAGCGAAGUCAUAGAAUUGUAUGGACUGGUUCCCAACAGCGUUCUACACGGUCCCGUGAUCAUCGAAACACCAAGAUCGGAUCAAGUGCGAGCUGAUGCCCUUCAUCUAGCACUGAAUCCUUACUUCAACGCUGAAAUUCCCCCAAGUUGUUUGGGUCCUGCCUGGAUGUCAGAUUUGCAAGGUGGAGAUGUUGAAGAAAUCCUUCAAAAUCACUUGAACUUCGGCGACUGCUACGUUGGAUGCACGCUCAGCAGUCAUUUCGUUCUGCGCUAUCCAGAUAUAAAUGGGGAGCGUUCUGAAAUUUCUCUUGCCACUUCCAUAGUGGAUAGCUCCCCCUCUUUUAACUUUGCCUGGCCACACGACCAUCCAAGUCUAAGAUUUGAACCACCAAGUGGAGAGUUGCGCCCGCACACUAGCCUCAGGAUUUGUGUAUAUUUCCAUAGUGACCAGCCUGUCAAAUACCGAUUUUUUCCCGUGAGAUGUCAACUCACUGAAGCCCCUAACUUCGAAUCUUCCGACGUAAGUUGGCACAAUAGCCUUUACAGAAAUUGUGCGAUGAUACAUAUCUGGAUACGCGUUAAAAAUAUUUCCCAGAAGAAUCAAGGCUUUGGCUACGAUGAACUAGCACUGGGUGCUCGAAGUUACGAACCACCCCAGAAUCAAACUCCGUUAACCCAACAGAGUUUGCGAAAAACGAAAUCAGCGCGAUCAAAUAAUUUACGGGAUGCGAGUGGUACGGGAUCUAAGUCAGCUCGUGAGCCUCUCAAUCCAAAGUCACCUCAGAAAGAGGAGUUUUUUGUCACAGAUGACGAGAUGAGCAAUGGCGCACUAUUCCUCGAACUUCUUUUUACAGCCGUCUGCGAUUUUGUUGAAUACGAACUUGAGAAGACGUCGAUUAAGUUUCCUGAUACAGCUAUAUGGGGCAAAUCAGUACAGACGCUACAAAUUCGGAACACGGGAUUAGUCACAAUGACCUUUACCUUUGCAACCGCAAGCUAUGACCAACCGUUUGAAGCUGAGCCUUCUGAGUGUUUGAUCCUGCCAGGACAAAGUUUGCCCCUAAAGUUUGUGUUCUGUCCAACAAAACCCGGCACCUUUGACAGUGUUUUUAACUUGCUCGUGCCCAAUACAACGGAAACUUGUGACCCUCAAAAGUCUAUUACCGUAAUCGGCAAGGCUUUUGUUAAACCAAUCAAACUAGCACUUCCGAAAUCUGACUACCAACCUAAGAAUCCUCAGUGUGACCCGUUUUGGCACAGUGCGCAGGUACUUGAAAUUGUGGCCACCGGAAAUGGCAGAAAAGUUACCAGUGUGUCUCCGAAUGCCGGAAAGAUACCACCACUGGGAGAAGCUCUCUUACAAUUUACUUUCCAACCUCGCAACAUGGUUAAGGUUCCACUGCUUGAUUCGAUGGUAUUUGGGAUUGUGGCGAUUCCAAAUGGACCUUCGUUUGCCCUUAAUCUUUGCGGACAAUCCAAAAUGCCUACUAUAGAGUUCUCACCAGGUCAUUUAAAUUUCGGCCAUCAAUUUGUUCAGGAUGAGGGGCUUGGUGUGUCUACCCUUCCCUUAAUCAUUACAAACAAAGACCAGGAGAAGCCCAUAUACGUUGCUUUUGAAUCAUCUACCUUAGUUGAAUUCGAGUGUAACUUUAGUUCCAAGAUAAUUGAGCCUGGGGCUGCUGCGAAGGCAUUUGUUACCUUCUUUCCCUCAGCAUGCAAAACCUACCGAGGGGAAUUAAAGUUUUUACUAAACGAACAGGCACAGGUAAGAGUGCUUGCUAGUGGAGAGGGAACGAAAAUCAACCUCACAAGCACUGUAACUCUUGAAUUCAAACCCUACCAAGUUGGGAAAUUCAACGGUUGCCUUGAGGUCUUCAAUCCUGAAUUAGGUCUCAGCGUUUAUGACCUGCAGCUAGAAGCUGUCGAUCCAAUACCAGAACAACCCGUUAAACUUAAAACAACCCUUGGACUUACGGACACCGCCAUGGUUACGGUUUCUAAUUUGAGUCGAAACAGGGCCGAAUUUACUUGCAAGAUCAAUGACCCUGCUUUUCGCUGUGAUAAGUUGCUUUUUGUGGCUGCUGGUUCUUCGACAGAGCUUCCUGUUACAUUUGAACCACACAAAUUGGGCAUUUUUGAGGCCUUAUUGCGGCUUUCAAGCAGCCAGGCGGGAAGUUACAUAUUCCCACUUCAGGGAGUUGUUGAACCACCGUCACCCCAGGGUCCAUUCGUCCUUUCAACGAUGAAAUCGACCAUUUUGACCGUCAAAAAUGUGUUCUUCGAACCCGUGGAGUUCUUCGUGCAGGUUGACAAUGCUGAUUUUCAUGUUGACUGCACAUCGAAAAUUGUCAAACCACACAAAGAAUUGAGAUUGGCCGUUACACUGAAGUGCAAAGAAUACCAGACUGGUGUGUUCGGGAAACUGGUCGUUUAUUGCGAAAGAAAUCCUGAUGAACCUGCCCAAUCUACUGUCGCUUCAUCGAAAAGGAUUGAAUGGAUUUUUUAUCUCAAAGGACCUAUCGAAGGGAAAGCGCUAAAAUAA